AUGGUUGUGACAAUUGAUGACAUUUUGGAUCAAUUGUGGAGUGAAAACACACGACUACUCAAAGAGUUAGUGUUUGCCAACAAAUGUCUGAAUAUUUUGGAUGAUUUGAAAUCAGAAUUGAAUUUAAUUUACAAGAAAUUUGAGACACAACUGAACAGUGAAAACAAGUUCAACCAAUUGAGAGAUCAAUUGAAUUAUAUUUGCAGUGAAAGACAUGACAAAGAUUUUGCAGAAAUUAAUCGGAAAACAUGUUAUAUAAGCGAUACAAAUGAUGCUAAAGAUUAUAUAAAUGAUACAAAAGUUGUGGAUAAGUCUGAUUCAGAACAUAUACAAGAAGUUGUGGACAAUAAUCAAGUCAUCGAUAAUCACAAAGAUGUUACUGUUGUCCAAAGAUUAACUGAUACAGUGAUCAGUAGUAGUAGUAGUAGUAGUAGUAGUGACCAACAAAGUGGUAAACUUUUACCUACGAUGAAACCGCAGCAAUCAAUGACCGACAAUCGGAUUCAUAUUAAACCCCGAUUUUUGAUAAUACGUCCCAAUAAUGUUGGACACAAAGUAAACAUAUGUCAGUCAAUGGAAAAGAUUGAAAAGAAGAAAUUGAUUUUAGAUAAAAAUAGUGGAAAAUAUAAGUGUCAUUACGAGGGCUGCGAUAAGACAUUUUGGGGAAGAGGUAGUCUGCGAUACCACAAGAGGUUACAUCACGAAAGGGAUACAACAAAGACAUUGAAUUGUCAGUACACUGACUGUCAGUUUCAAUGUCUGCAAGAAUACCAAAUGAAAAUACAUCUCAAUUGCAAACAUUCAGACGUUAAGACAAUUGUCUGUUCCAACAGUGGAUGUUAUAAAACAUUCAAAACAUUGCGUAGUUUACGAAUACAUUCACUUAUUCACACAAAGACUGUACAUAAAUGUGAUGUCGAUGGCUGUCAAAGAAACUUCAGAUAUAAAACUAAUUUGACGAAACAUAUGGCCGAACACAGGAGGAGUGAACCGACACUUUAG